CGACAAACCGAAGCCUCUGCUGUCACCUGCAAGAUCCUCAUGACCACGAUACCGGCCGAUGCUGGGAAAGGCAAUGGCCAACUCUUACCACACUAGAAAUGGCCGGACAAGCAAGAGAGGCUUGUUUCUAGACGGAGUCUGGCAUUGCGACUGUGAACCACGUCUGCCUGCGGACAAGUUCCAAACGAAGAAUGGCGGCAAGAACCAUGGAAGGUGGUUCUAUACCUGCCAGAAACCACAGCACAAACGAUGCAGCUUCUUUCUCUGGACAGAUGAGGCCAAAGUACGAGAGGAAGCAGCAGUCUUGAACAAUUCUCGUUCAGAGCCUCCAAAGCCGCCUCAAACCCCCCAGAAGCCGAGACGGAACACCCUCCCGCCGACUCCAGACACUGGUGCUAGUAGACGAGGAACACACAAGGAAGAGCCACAUGAACAUACCAAGGCUGCAAAGGCGGACGAAGACUCAAGUUUUGACUGGUCCUCCAGCAACGAUGAGGCCCUACUCGAAGCCGAACAACAGGUGCUGAAGGAGAGACCACAAUUCGAAACACCCAAGAAGGCUGCCAGAACACAGUCCACCGCUUCUCCGGGCAAAAGAGCUUUUGGUCAGAUGGCUGAACAAUCCGGCCUUGCUGAGGAUACUUGGCCUUUGAGCGACGAUGUCUUCGCAACGCCGUCCACUUCGCACAAGUCGGGGGGAACUGGGCUACUGUCUCCCAAUUAUACUCCUGCUCGGGGACGAGCACAGCCAAUGCAACCCGAAGCUGCCCCGUCGCCUCUGGCAACUGCAGCGCUGGCUAUAUUGACCAAUGCGCAUCUGGAUUCUCAAACAGAAACAGAGCUAGUUGAUCUUCUCAACAAGCACGAUCUUCGCACUCAGGGGGUUAUCAAGGGGCGUGAAAUCACGCGGCUAGCAGUUCAAGCCAAAGAGAAAAGGAUUGCAGAACUUCAAGCUCGGAUUGAGGCCCUCGAAGCAGAGCGGGAGACGAACCGUACAGUAAUCAAUCAUCUCAAACAGGAUAUAGUGAAUUCUCCGAAGAAGGGUCGAGGCCACAGAAAUAUCCCCGCUCGACGUUCAGAAGUGUGAAUAGUCUUGACGGCGAAUGCGACUGAUGCAAGCAAUAUCAACAGCCGGGGAACCUAGGCGGUACUGUCAUCGGGGAAAUCCUCCACCCAUGCAUAUUGUUCAAGGCAACAUUAUUCACCAACACCGGCUAUUGAAAUGCCUCGAGGCAAACCUCCUUAUGUUAGCUGGUAUCAACCCCUACAUCUGGAAUGGACACCGACUGCGACUGCAUGCCUACAAUCCUUGCCGCAUAUGCUUACCUGUUUUGAGCAAGGCCAGUGCAUAGGCAAUGCUCUGAGGCCGCCGUACUGCACCGGCAUAGGAAAGCCGUUGGACAGCAACUUACCCAACAUAAGUUCGUUGGAACACCCGUGCGCCAUCACAGGUGCUGAUAGGUUGAAAGUUCUACUCCAAGGACCAGCUUGAUUACGCCGCCGAGUGACGAUUGUGGGUAAAACAACAACACGGUCACUCGUACCUCCGUACGAUACAAGUCUACGCUCCUACAGCCGAUGUAGCUUUCGGCUACCGUGUGGCUAGCAUAGCAGGCUGUCUGCCGGCAUUUACUCCUGCUCGCCUUAGCUUCAGGUGAUGAUCGCUGAAUGCCCACAUUGGGUUCUUGCCCAGAAUGCUUCUGCUCAGCCUGCGAUUUUAGCUUAAUGCAUGCACAAUGCUCUCCUUUACGGCCAAAGAUAUACUAUUGCUGACAUGGGUCUCCUGGUCAGGGCACUGCCGUACAAUCACAGUUUACGCUCGCCUAGGUUUGGCAACAACUCGUCACGCUAGAACAUCGCUUCGACACCACCGCCUUCCGCAAAUUUAUACUCUCGGAUGUCCAGCGGCAUACACUUCGGUCUACGACAUUUAAGAUAUGUUCUUGCGAAUUGCUUCUGUGGCGGUCAAAAGCUUUUCAGACUCUUGCUUUUGCGGUCUCUUCCUGUUUCAAGGCUUAGCAGAGGUGCCUGACGCAGCAGCCAUCCAGCGCAUAGUGACGGUCGUUGCGAAGGUAUGGCAGGUCGAAAGGGAGCAUUCAUCCAAAUAGGUAUCUAAUGCGCGACUGCUGGCGAGUCCCACUCGAUUUGCAGGAGCUCUUCAUCAAUUGAGGAAGGCUGUUUCACCCCUCGCAACGGCAGUCGCCUUUCUGCGCUCUUAUCACCUGCAUGGACAUUUUCUUGGUUGGCUUGCCUUCAGAGUCCGGAACGAACCACCGCCCCAAUGUGUGGGUUGGGUAGCAAUAUCCGUGGCGCCUGAGUUUAGCGGCUCGGUCCUUUCCUUUGAUGCAUGGCCGUCAGUUGCAGACGAAGCUGGGGCAUUUAUUGGCUUAUUUCUGAGCCUGCAAGCGUUUCACCUCUCUGACACGUUAAACACGUUCUCAACCAUCAGUCCUUGUCCUAACGCUCAGCACAACGGACUUCAGAGAAAGUGUAGUUGGCUGCUUGGCGUUAAUCGCGUCGAUCUGGAAGAGCGCAACUACAUGAGCAAUUAUGUCAGUACCUCGGUUAUUGCGGACAAAGUCCUCUCCAGAGCUUGGGUUGUGGCCUCAAUCACCGGGAAUAUGCCCAUAUACAGCGCGGAGUUGGUACAGUAGCUUUCGACCCCCAGGGCAUUUGCAUGGUGUCGGUGGUGCUCCUAUCUUGAGAGGACUAAUCAAGGCAAUGGACCCUCUACUGUUGUCGAGCGCCAGACAUUUCUACCGGAUCCAGUCAUGCUUUCAUACCUGCCCAUUACCUUCUCCAUCUUUGAUUUCCUCAAUAUAAUGUGUCCUAGUUGAAUGUUGCCACGAGCCAGCGGCAUGUCGGCAAUGUCUGCGGCUAUUCGGCAGCUUGGCUCUUCUGCAGGCCGACUUGAUGUGGCCCUCUAAAGCGUGCAGUCACCAUGCAUUGACCACGCUCUGCAUGCAUUCUUCUCACCCAACUCCAAGGAAAAGCCUGCCGGGUUGAUCCCCUUUGC